CCUCCCUCUAAAACGAAGUUGCACAACUUCUCUCUCUCCAAAACCUCUGCAUAUCUCUCUAUCCCACUUUACUUUUGCACUUUGCCCUAAGCUCUUAUAACUAACACCUAAUACUUUGAUUGCCAUCAUCCCUAAAAGGAUUCGACUUUUUCAUAGAGUUUAGGGAGAGAUGGAAAGGAGAUUAUCGAGCAUGAACCAGCCUCCCACUUAUGGGGAUUUGAUAACAAUUCUGAGCAUUGAUGGUGGUGGAAUAAGAGGAAUUAUUCCCUCAACCAUCCUUAGCUUUCUUGAAUCUGAACUUCAAAAACUGGAUGGUGAGGAAGUGAGACUUGCCGAUUAUUUCGAUGUGAUUUCUGGGACGAGCACAGGAGGCCUUGUUACUGCGAUGAUCACAGCACCAGGAGAUAACAACCGCCCUCUCUAUGCUGCCAAAGACAUCACCUCCUUUUACCUUGAUCAUUGCCCCAAAAUUUUCCCCCAACAAAGCGGGCUUCUUGGAUCUGCCCGCAAGUUUGUGAGUGCCAUAACGGGCCCCAAAUACAAUGGAAAGUACCUUCACAAGCUUGUGAGGAAGCAGUUGGGUGAUAAGAGGCUUCAUCAAACACUGACCAAAGUUGUUAUUCCUGCAUUUGAUAUCCUAUUAUUGCAGCCCACCAUCUUUUCUUCCUACCAGAUAAAAGCUGAUAAAUCGAAGGAUGCAUUGUUAUCUGACAUUUGCAUUAGCACAUCGGCUGCUCCAACAUACCUUCCAGCCCAUUAUUUUGAGAAUGAAGGGAAGGAUGGGAAGAUUAAAAGAUUCCAUUUGGUCGAUGGAGCGAUGGCAGCGAAUAAUCCCACACUUGUGGCUAUGGGUGAGAUAACAAGAGAGGUACAUAAGGAGAAUCCCGACUUUUUUCCCAUCAAACCCAUGGAUUAUGGUCGAUUCCUCGUCAUCUCACUCGGCACUGGUUCUGCAAAAUCUACUGAUAAUUAUACUGCAAAAGACGCUGCUAAAUGGGGUGUUUUGGGUUGGUUAUACAACAAUGGAGGCACUCCCCUCAUUGACACAUUUCAACAAGCAAGUGCAGAUAUGGUCGACAUCCAUAUCUCUAAUGUCUUUCAGGCUCUUCAUUCUGAGCAAAGCUAUCUCCGUAUUCAGGAUGAUACAUUAACAGGAGACACAUCGUCCGUCGACAUUGCAACCGAGAAAAACCUAAAAGAACUCGUGAAGGUGGGUAAAGAACUCUUGCAAAAGCCAGUUUCGAGGGUAAACCUGGAGACUGGGAAAUUUGAGGCAGUGCCAAAUGAAGGCACCAAUGAACAAGCACUAAUCAGGUUUGCGAAGUUAUUGUCCAAUGAGAGGAGAACUCGGCUGCAAAGAUCUCCUCACACCCCCUCCAUCAGAUGAGACUCUCAAGUUGUUGCCACAUUCAUAGCUGACGAUUGGAUUCUCUGAUUUCUUUUAUUUUGAUUAUUUGUAUUCCAACCAAGCCCUCCAAUCAGUCCGUGGGGUCUAUUCUUGUGUAGGCAUUUGAUUUGUUGAAUUGAUGUAAUAGGAAGACUUUAACGACAAUGAGUCAUUAAGUAAGAAAUGCAAAUUCUUUAUAUUU